GUCCUCCUGCUCAUCUUCCUGCUGUCUAGCCUGGGCAACUGCGCCGUGAUGGGGGUGAUCGUGAAGCACCGGCAGCUCCGCACCGUCACCAACGCCUUCAUCCUGUCCCUGUCCUUGUCGGAUCUGCUCACGGCCCUGCUCUGCCUGCCCGCCGCCUUCCUAGACCUCUUCACGCCGCCCGGGGGCUCAGCUCCCGCCGCCGCCGUCGCCCUCUACCGCACGUCCCCGGACCCCGCGCAGCUGGGCGCGGCCUACAGCGUGGGGCUCGUGGUCGCCUGCUACCUGCUGCCUUUCCUGCUCAUGUGCUUCUGCCACUAUCACAUCUGCAAGGCCGUGCGCCUGUCGGGCGUGCGCGUGCGGCCCGUGACCACCUACGCGCGGGUGCUGCGCUUCUUCAGCGAGGUGCGCACCGCCACCACCGUUCUAGUCAUGAUCGUCUUCGUCAUCUGCUGCUGGGGACCCUACUGCUUCCUGGUGCUGCUGGCUGCUGCCCGCCAGGCCCAGGCCACGCAGGUCCCCUCGCUCUUCAACGUGGUGGCUGUCUGGCUGACUUGGGCCAAUGGGGCCAUCAACCCUGUCAUCUACGCCAUUCGCAACCCCAACAUAUCCAUGCUGCUAGGGCGCAGCCGGGAAGAGGGUUACCGGACUAGGAAUGUGGACGCUUCCCUGCCCGUCCAGGGCCCGGGCCCGCGGGCCAGAAACCGGUCUGCCAACCGGCUGGGGGCCUGCAGCAGGAUGAACUCUUCCAAUCCGACCAGCGGGGUAGCUGGGGAGAUGGCCCUGUGGGCUCGUAAAACUCCAGUUGUACUUUUCUGCCGGGAAGGGCCACCGGAACCUGUGACAGCAUUGGCCAAACAGCCUCCAUCUGGAGCCAGGGAUACCAGCCUCUAAGCAGAGUUGGGGUGCACAGCUUGUGAAGGUAGCUUUUUACCUGCUUCGUUUAAUGCAGGAUCCUGGGGAGAAGUGUGUUUUUCAUAAAGCUAAACAUUUAAAAAAGAUACAGAUUGGGAGGCCUAUCGUUCCCCAAACAACACACAAGACAAUGUCACCUUCAAACGUGCCAAAAGGAAUGUAAAGUGCAAAAAUUAAAAUAAUCUGAAACCACACAACCAAGCAUUGUGAACUGUAAGUGCCAAAAAUGACUAAAUAAAAUUCACAAUUACUGAAAAGCUCAUAUUACAGGAAUCACACUGUGAAACAGAAUCAUUGAAUGCAAUCAGUAUUUGUUCAAACACAUAGAGUUUCAAGAAAGAACAGAGACCCUCAGAAUUGCUUACCGAACCCUCUAAAUCACCAGCAUUCAAUUCAGAUUUCUAGAACUUGCUACUCUGACACCUGCUUUGGGUACUUAGGUUGGGAGCGGAAAAUUCUUAUCCUUACACUCUUCUGUCUACUUCACACCCCAUCCCUCUAAAAUCUUUGUGGGAAAUUUUAAAUUCAUAUCCUAUGUAAAAACUGUAGGCUUUUGAAAAGGUGGUUUAUUACCAUAAAAUUCAGCCACCUGAAGUAUAAAAAUAAAGAAAUGUGGCUGUUUUAAAAAGUAUUCUAAAAUUAUAAUUAGAAAGUUAUGUUUCAAAUCCUACCCCCAAAAUCAUCUGCCCUGACUACCGCUGAGGCUUUAUUUACCCUUCCUCUAACCUGCUUCUUUUGUUUCUAAUACAUUGGGUGAUGCUGCUCUCAGAAUGCUUUCACACUUUUAAAAAAUAACGUUUGUAGUAGAAAAUCUUUGUCUUUGGGGGGUAAAUUGAUUUUUGGAUGCAGCCAAAAAAAUGUAAUUUGAAGUCAAGUUGAUUGAAUUAGGUGAGUAAUGUCAUAUAUAUUAAAAUAAAAGCUCUAUAAAGUAACAUGAUUUCACUUUCCUGCGUGGUUUUUAACUGAUGAUGUUUUCUAAAAGGAAUUCUAAAAAUUUUGAGAAGUGGCCCCAUUUCUAAAAUAAACAUAGAAUUUUCUAAGAAGAUCAUACUCUCACAUUUGGGAGUUUUUGGUACAUUUGUGUGUGUUUUUUUAAAUGGAUCAUUGUUUUAUAGAUACAAGUUUCCUAAAAUAAUGUAGUCUUAUUAGAAAGGGAGACCAGGUGUGGAAUAAUUAUAUAAUGUAAUAGGGUCUAAAUAACUUAGACAUGUCAGAGAGCUACUCCAAUCAAGCUAAAGCUAUCUUUAGA